CCAAAGAAAAGCAGAAGAUAGAGGCCCAAAACUUCCAUGGCACGAAAAUCGGGAUUGAAGUUGAACCACCGAAGGCAAAGGAAAUGAGAAAAUGACACAUAGGCUCCUCGCGAUCACAACAGUCCAACAGCACAAACCCCCUCUAAACUGAGCCACACACGCCACACGCCGCCGAGGAGAAACCAUAUUCCAGCCUUCUCCGGCCCGGCACACUAUCGCGCCUCUCCACUCAUGGCCGCCGCACGCGACCUUGCCGGCAACCAGCCCGGAUCCACCCGCGCCUGCAUCGGAGAAGACGUCGCCUGGUCGGACGUCACGGGCGUCUACGACCGCGACAACUCCCUCAAGGAGAACACCAACCCUAAAUGCUUCAUCGUCAAGAACUACCCCGGCCACAGGCACAGGGCCGGCAACGGCGCGGCGCAGCGGUUCUCUGGCAACCUGAAGCCUACGGCGGCGCCCAUCAUCGGGACCUCCGGAUAUCUCGGCCAGGGCCAAGGGUGUGCCCGGCGGCACCGCCCACCUGCGAUGUUCCCAAAGAAUGCCAAGACCGGUGGCGGCGGGCGCAACCCGAAGCCGGCGGUGCCGGAGCCGGGGUCGCCCAAGGUGUCCUGCAUAGGGAAGGUCCUAUCGGGACGAGAACGCGACCGCCGCCCAGAGCUGAUCUCCCAGGAGAAGAUGAGGGGCGGGUGCUGCCCCUGGUUCGGUUUCACGAUCCGUCGCAGCCGCUCGAGGAAGAGCGCCGUGGAGAGCGUCGACUGGUCUCCGCCUCCCAGGCUGCCUCUGGCCUAUGUGGAGCGCAAGGUGGAGGCGAAGGAGGUAAACACGGAUCAGGCGCCGCCGCCGGCGCUGGCAGGGAUGAGGCGGUUCGCUUCUGGUAGGCGCGUCGCGGAUUGGGCGGCCGGGACGGAAGAGGAUGGACGCUUGGCGAGAUCUGGGCCGUUGUAAUGCACGACAGUUUGGUUUGGCGUGGCUUCCUGUUGGUUGUUGCUCUGCUUUCAGAUUAGGCGUGUAGAUUUGCCAGAAAAAGCGUGUAAGAUGAGGAUUGAGUUCCAGCUACCAUGUACUCCCUUGAUAAACUACUCCCUUCGUUCUUAAAUAUAAAUCUUUUAAACGAUUUCA